CCGUCGUCUUCUUCCUCGCAAAGCCGAAAGCCGAGGCCAAACCAAUCGCGAAGCAAAGCCACCGCGGAGGAGGGAUGGGGCGGAAGCGGAAGGAGCUGCUGUCGUCGGCGCCGUGGCGGACGGGGGAGGCCGCCGAGGACGAGGAGGCGGCCAGGCUCAGCCGCGAGGGGAAGGUCAGCGUCACCAACAACCCCGGCGAGACGGCCACCAUGAACGUCCCCCGCAGCAGGCGCCAGGACCUCGACAUCACUGUUGACGACUUCGACGAGGAGGAGAUCGACCCCGAGCUGCGCUACUCCUUCCAGCGGAACAGCAGGUUUUUGAAGAGAGUUUUUAGUGUGGAUACACUUGUCAAGCCUCUUCCUCCUGUAAUGGCAUACAGUGUAUCUCGUAAUGUAAACUUUUUCUUCCGGAUCUUCACACAGUUCUGGGACGAAGAAGGAAUUGCCAACGCACAGAAGUCCCUUGGACUGGGUAAUGAUGAUGGUUCCCGCCGAAUGCGCUGAUUGUAGUCAAACAAAGUUUCUGUACUGAGCUCAGAACUCUUUGUCCUAGACACUGGAGAUCUGUUAUAUAUGCUUCAAAAGACAGCUGUGGCGUUUCUUAAGUUUGGAUUGUAAUUUUGUUUAUUUUAGUGUUUCUUUCAUGUAUUUUCUGCUAGUAAAACUGGUUGUACCAUAUAUCCAAAUUCAACAUCUUGUACUCACAGUCUGUUCCUGUUUCUAUUUGAUCUCGAACAAAAUUGAGUGAAAUGUGGCUCAGUUCCAAA